AGUUUUGCGUUUUUAGUGCCAAUCGUGUGUGUUUCGCGCCCGGUUGCCCAAAUUUUUCGUUUUUUUUUGGCCGGGGUACAGAGCGCUGCAUUGCCGGUAAAUGAAAGUAUAAAGUCAACCAAGUGACACUUGUCACCAAGUUUUUCAUUAAAAAGUAAAUAAAGUUGCUGUGUUUCAAGCAGCGAGUUCUUGCAAUGAAAUGUCGUUCCGUUCAAGAGUCCUAGGCUUAGUUGAGGUCGUGCUAAGGGUGCCACCGCUGUUCGUCAUCGACGAGAUCCUCAAAUUCGGAAUAGGGCUGGAGGAGCUGUCCGAACAUGAUCUGUCCAAUUUCCAAGAAAGAUACGACAAAUUCGAGGAAACGUUCCAGGGCAAUUCGACCACGAUUGCCUACGACCCAGUCCUGUACAAGUUCAUCCUGGUGUCGGUCCUGCGGCUGCUGCUGAGCACUCUGGGAUGUGCGGCAGCUCUUUGCCUCUUCAUCCUCAACAUCAAACACCUGAUGGUGGCCUACAUGUACAUAAUGUCCGUCGGCGUCGUCUUCGUCUCCUACUGGAGCAACGCCAGCACCAUCAAAUCCGUCUCGAUCCUCCUCGAGGAUUUCCAGAACGGUUCGAGCAUCCUCGACAGCAUCCUCUCUCUCAACAUCGAACACCUCACAAAAAACGGAAGCAUCACACUCCAAAUUUUCCAAAACUACGUCCUUCAAUGUUUCCUCUCCUUCAUCUUCAUCAACAUCCAUCUCGGCCCUCGCUACUCCACCCUCCAGAAAAUUCUCCCGUUUGCAUUCCUCGCCCCCAGUAUGCUCUCAAUCCUCCCGGUGCCUUCGUCCCUCCUCAACCACAUGCCAGUCUUCUCCGCGCUCUUGCCCCUGGCUUUGGUCAAAUUCGUCCUGUGGUCGUCCGUAGUGCCUAUCAUCCAGACCCUUUACAAUGGAUACACACACGCGAGGACUUUCGUCUCGAAUUUCGGGAUGUCGGCCCUUGUGGAGACGGAAUGGACGCGUCUGAACGUCCCGGAAGUCCUCCGGACGUUCUGGAUGCUCCGCGUCCUGGAACACGCCGGGAUCUUCUUCGCCUCGGGUUACUGGGACCUGGAGGACGACCACACGCCCUACUUCCGGCUAAUGAAGUACUUGUUAGUCACGGGGUGUGACACCUUGACCGCAGUGUUGGGCAUCACGAGUAUAGUGUCUUACGUGUGCAACUACAUCGGGAAGUUCUUCCAGUGGUUGUUGUUAAGUGACGACGAAAAUGAUAAGAAUUUUGGGACGGUUUCGGCGAUAGUGUUCUACAUCCUUGCCUUACAAACCGGCCUAACCGGGCUCGAGCCGGAGAUCAGGUUCGUCCGGUUGUGCCGGAACUUCUGCCUGUUGUUCACGGCAAUUUUGCACUUUGUGCACAACGUGGUCAAUCCUCUGCUGAUGAGUUUGAGUGCUUCGCACAACCCGUCACUGAGGCGCCACCUGCACGCUCUGCUAGUCUGUCUGGUGCUAGUGCUACUGCCACUGCUCCUAAUGUACUACCUGUGGUCCACUCAGGACACUUCCACCUGGCUGUUGGCAGUGUCAGCCUUCAGCAUAGAAGUGAUAGUCAAAGUGUUCGUCUCCUUGGCCAUCUACUCCCUGUUCCUGCUGGACGCCCGCAGGGAAACCUUCUGGGAGAAGCUGGACGACUACAUAUACUACAUCCGCGCGUUCGGCAACACCGUCGAAUUCUGCUUCGGCAUUUUCCUCUUCUUCAACGGCGCCUGGAUCCUCCUGUUCGAGAGUGGCAGCGCGAUCCGCGCGGUCAUGAUGUGCAUCCACGCCUAUUUCAACAUUUGGUGCGACGCCAAGGCCGGCUGGUCGGUGUUUAUGAAGCGGCGAACGGCCGUCAACAAGAUCGAGAGCUUGCCCGAGGCUGAGGAAGAGCAGUUGAGGCGUUUGGACGACGUUUGUGCCAUUUGCUACCAGGAGAUGCGGUCGGCGAAGAUCACCCGGUGCAAGCACUUCUUCCACGGGGUGUGUCUGAGGAAGUGGCUGUAUGUGCAAGACCGGUGUCCGCUGUGCCAUGAGAUCUUGCACGGGAUGGACUGUGAUGAGCGGAAGCAGAAUCAGCCGAGGCCGACUGACCAAGAGGAGGAGAAUAAUUACGAUAGGUGAUAAUUUUAAGAUGUGAUCUUAGGGAGUUUUAAGUUAGGGUUCGCGGAGUGUGCGUAUUUUAGCGACUUUGACGAGGAUUGAAUUGGUGGAGUCUGUGAUUUGGUCGGGGUGAGCCGACAGAACGAUUGUUGAAAGGGUACUUAUGUUAAAUUUUUCUUGUAAAUAUCGAUUGUACAGAUUAGACGGUAAAUACUUUCCUUGAUUCAGUUUCGUUGUUAUUUAUGAAAUUUUAUAACUAAACACUUAAGUCACUGGGGCACUCCUGAAUAUGCUGUUAUGUAAUUUAUUAUAGAAUAAAAGCUAUUUUAAGUU